CUUAUGACAAAUCGGAACAAUCUCGUUAUGAGUACAUAAAGUUAGCCUCGUAAUUUACACUGCCUCUCUCGAUGCGGAUACAAAUGUUACCUUGGUUAGUGGUACAUUGUAGUUUCGACCACCUUAACCAUCUUAGCCAUCGAAAAGAAGUAAAUCCUUAACCUAGGGCUAUCAAUAAGACAACCUCGGAAUAGGAUGAUAUCCAAAAUUCAAUUAGCUGCAGAAAAACUAUCCUUUGGUACGGACCUUACUUAGGGCUUUGUCUUGUUGAUUUCUAUCCCAAGAGGCACCUAUCGAGUCGAAGACAAUAGACUGAUUUACGUUGUGAUGAUUCAGUCUCUUUGUCUUUAAACGAGGUUGCUAUGAGAUUUUCGGGAUAACAAUUCCUUUAUAAAUAAGUCCUUUAUUUUUCCUCUUGUUUUAGAACAAUGUUGAUAAUAAUGCUAUAGAACAAAAACUCUGAAUUGCUCUGAAUCUCCUAUAAAUGUCCUCGCGACUUAUCGUUUACCAUCGUUUCCAUCAUGUUUCCCCUAUAAAAGACACGGCAGAAACAACAAUCUCCUAGGUAGAACAUUCAACCUCCAAUUCUUCCUAGAUAUUUAGCAGUGUAGUAAUAGCACGCUCUUUAUUACGCUUCUACGUAUCUAGGUACCUAGGCAACAAUAUUCAUCAUGCCGUGCGACUGUAAACGCCUCACGCUCCGCUACGCUUGCCGCCACAAGGAGCAAGAAUUUUAUAGAUGUUGGCGAUAUAACCUCAUCCGGAAUUAUUUCUGCCUGGGUUCUAUGCUUUCAAGCUGCGACCCGGUGCGUAGUUCACAAUCCGUACAGCGAGUGUGUCAUGACUGUCUAGAUUUCUUCGCUGAAGAAUUUGGCAAGAAAGCCGCUAUUCCUGUAAGCCAGAAAUUCCUCGAGUAUAAGUUUAAUAACGGGCUUUAUAAUCAAACGAUCGAUCCUAGAACUGUUCAUCGUGACGCAUAUACCAUCUCCAAGGCGGCUUUCCAAAAACUAGCUGAAGGUGCUACGGAAGCCAAAAAUGUUACGGAAGCUAGACAUGCCAGAGAAGCUGAGAAUACUGCAGAAGCUGAAAUUACUAGAAGAAGGCGAUCGUUACGGGUUCCAAGUACGAUGGAAGUCCCGCGAGCUCCGAACAACUCCCCAGUUGGACUUCGACCGCCGCCGCCUUUAGUCCACCGAAAUAGACAUCAUGAUCAACAUCAUAAGCGCCCCAAAGCGCAGCCUACCCAUACAGAUGCCGUUUCUUCGAGAAGAAAUUCCGGACAGAAUUCCGUAAAUCGCAAAUAUUUUCCCGUCCCAAACGAGUAUUCUUACGUUAUAUCUGCUGAGACUGGCCCGUUUGUAUCGGAGAUAGGGGCUGGAUGCCCGGUCAGGGAAUACGGGAGCAACACCCCUAUCGAUCUUUCCGACCUAGUCAGUGACGAUUUUGAUUAUCCUCUCAGCGCUCGCGGUAGACCGCCUAGCGGGCCACCGGUUCAACCAAAACCUAUUCGCCCAAAGACAAGGUCUUAUGACCUUCCGCUAAAGCGAUCUGACUGCUCCCUCGUCCAACGAAUAACCGAACAGGCUGAAGAGUUCGAUGUUCGAAGUCAUCCCGACCAUGAAAAUGAAACCGUGUCUAGUCUGCCUACUUUUCCCAAACUUCAGCGAGCACCGAAAGUUCCUACCUGGCGUAAGGACACCCCUGCACCCGCUGCUGGUAUUGGCGGCAAAGAGAAAAUAGUCAAAAGUGUCAGCUUUGCAGAAGCAUUGAACACCGAACACGCUCCCCGGAUCCGCACCGCCCCCGCUACAUUCAUACGGACUAAACCCUCAGUAGACUCACUCAUGGUCGAAACAGGCACAUCGUUGGAUGUGGUCUCAAUCCCGCCAAAGCGAACUUCCGGCGUGCGUGCACUAGAUAGCGCGAUAUUCUACCAUGAACGUGGUAUACCGUCAACUGCCUAUAUGGAAGAGAAAAGUCAGGAUGGGGACAAUGACGAUCAGUCCACCAUGCUUGUUUCUAUAAGUACACCUUCCCCUGCCUUUUCAUGCGCUGUACAAUCCUGCUUUUGCAACCCUGAAGAUUCCGAUGACAAGGUAUGUCUUAGCUGCCUCGAGAGGCGGCAGCUUGAACGUAAGUGGCAAAUGCAAUGGAUUUGACUGUCGCACGCUGGUUAACAAAAAGGUAGGGGCGGGCAGGGUAAGUUCCCAAUGUGCCAUGUUUGCUGAACUUUAGCUGGUUUAUACGGUUCGGCGUUCUAUGGCGUUCUUACGGUGAGUUGUAGGCGUACUCGUUGAUGCUUCUUUCUUGACUUAUACAUCGUAUCUUAAUUUAUCUAU